AUGUAUAACACAACGUUUUUUUCCCACGUUUCUCCUUCUACCUCUCCAACUUUUCCUCCUAACUUUUCCCAUAAUGAAGUCUCUCCUGAGGUGCCAUUAGAAGAAGUGCUCGAAAUAGAGCCGUUUGACCAAGUACCAUUGGAGGAAGUGUGCGAAAUAGAGCCGUUUUACCAAAAUAGUACUCUGGAAGAUAUUCCUUCUAACGAACUUAAUGAAGGUGUACUUCUUUACCCAAUAGCAACAGAGAU